CGGACAUUUGAGCUAAUGUGUUAGCUGAAGUUUCCUUCUCAACAGAGGCUGAUAACCUGCGAUUAUCGGCGUUGAAAUUCCUUCGCUUUUUUCACCUUCUGAGGAUAUUACAAACUCAAUAUGUCCUCCAAUAACAUGGCAGACCCGAGGAGGCAAAAUAAAAUUCUCAGAUACAAGCCCCCCAGCACAGAAUCCAACCCCACCCUUGAGGACCCCACACCUGACUACAUGAAUCUUCUUGGCAUGAUCUUCAGCAUGUGUGGACUGAUGCUCAAGCUCAAGUGGUGCGCCUGGAUAGCAGUUUACUGUUCUUUUAUCAGCUUUGCAAACUCAAGGAGCUCAGAGGACACUAAGCAGAUGAUGAGCAGCUUUAUGUUAUCCAUCUCAGCAGUUGUGAUGUCCUAUCUCCAGAACCCACAACCAAUGUCGCCACCAUGGUAACAGAGAGCCCGCCUCAAGCAAAUGUGAGGAGAAGAGAAGUGAAGGGUGAUGGUCUGAACCACCCAAGCAGAUCAAAGGUCUCUGGACAUCUAUGUCCAUAGUAAGGAAGACACAUGGACAGCAAGGACACAAUGAAAAGAUGACAAUGACAUUUUUUUCUAAUUUUCCUGUUUUUAAACUCCUCUAAUGAUUUUUGAUGGUCAAUGCAAAUGUCGUGCUUUCUGUUUGGCUGAACCUUUGCAUUAUGUCCUGAAUAAAGCUGCACAUGUUUUAGAGGAA